AUGAGGAGGCCAAGCGGGGGGGUAACCUCCACCUUAACCCCCCCUCUAAAGGAAAAAGAGAAGAGCCCGGGGACUAAGAGAAGGACUACCCGGGCCACAACGGAGCCUCCUCAACCUGGCCCGCCCCAACGAACCGCCACCACGUCCAGGAAGGUGACACCCGCCGUCACGUAUGCGGAAGUGACGAGGGGCACGUCGACCACCACAAUCACCAUGACCACCAGGAGGAUGACACGGGCAACCUCCCUCCCGCCCGUGUCAAGAGAAGAUGAAGCUGGGGGCGCAUCCACAGCCCAAGCGCCCCCCACUAGACCAGUGGUGGCGACGUGCACCUUCGCGACGGCGGGGACACUGACCCUGACGACGACCUCGGUCUAUAGCAAACCGGUGGCCGUCGUCACCGUCGCAACAAGAAGGAGCGGGGGGGGAACCUCGCCGAGGGGGCUCAAGAAGAGGAUUCAAGAGGAUACGGUGCUCCUGGAGUCCGCGCCAACGACCAGGGCGCGGGCUGCCAGGGCAACCACGGAGCCCCCUCGGACCCCCCCCAGGACAACACGAACAAAGAAGAGGAGGAGCCCACCAGCGGAUAUGGGCCCUGCGACGGUGAGCGAUACGGCCACCCCGAUAACACCGGAGGAGCGCCCUGUGACGAGGAGGAGUACCCGGGCGAAAACCCUUUCGCCUGGGUCAAUACAAGAGAAGAAGAGGAACGGGGACGGAACUACCACCCUACCGUCCCCCGCUACAGGGCGCCCCGGGAGAAGAAGGAUUCUCCCAGCUAUAGCCGAGGCGUCGCCAGCGGUCACCGCGGCGCCGAUGAAGGAAAAGGGGAAGGAGAAGGAGAAGGAACAGGAAGAGGAAGAGAAGGAAGAAUGGUGGGACUUCACGCCGCGGAACAGGAGGAGAAGGGCUGGGCGGCGUGAAGAGGAGGGAACGACGACAACCCCGUCACCGAGGACGCAGGCGCGGCAGCCACCUCGAAUACAGAAUGAAGGAGCGGAAGUGGAAGUGGUUCGGGAGCCACGCGUGGUAAGAACCCCUACGGGGGCGGAGCAGGGAACUCGCAGCAGGCCCCUGACUGUCGAUAGGGCUACUAGCCCUAUCGACUUUAAUAAUAAUUCUAGUCAUGUAUUGUGA